AUGGCCCACCUUGGCCCACCUUGGCCCACCUCUUUUUUUUUUAUCUACCCACCACCAAUGUCAUUCACAAUCAGACCUAUUGAAGAAAAAGAUAAACCAGAAUGGUUGCACCUCUGGACUAGCUACAUCGAGUUCUACAAUUCACUCGACAAAAUCACUCCUGAAAUCUCCAGCACUACCUUUGCUAGAUUUCUUGAUGCCGACGAGCCAGUAUACUCUGUGGUAGCCGUCGACUCUACCAGCAAGAUCAUUGGGUUUGCUAAUUACUUGACCCACAGAAACACUUGGACAAUCGAAGAUGCACUUUACCUCAACGACUUGUUUGUCAGCUCCGAAAACAGAUUACAUGGCGUGGGAAGAAAGUUGAUUGAGUACAUCUACACAGAAGCCGAUAGAUUAAACUGUAAGAAAUGCUACUGGAGCACCCAAUUUGAAAACCACCGUGCCCAAUUGUUGUAUACCAAAGUAGGCGUCAAAAGUGGGUUUUUAUUAUAUAGAAGACCCUGA